CAUCCCUUCUUUCUCAUCCCUUCUUUCUCUCGCUCUCUUUCCCCUCCCUGCCUCCCUCCCCCAUUCUCUCCAUUCUCCACCCACCAUUCUCUCCCCCAUGAACCUGUGGACGGACGACAACGCCUCCAUGAUGGAGGCCUUCAUGGCCUCCGCCGACCUCCCCGCCUUCCCCUGGGCCGCCCCCUCGUCGACCCCGCCGCCGCCGCCGCCGCCGCAGGGGUUCAGCCAGGAUACGCUGCAGCAGCGCCUGCAGGCCAUCAUCGAGGGCUCCAGGGACACCUGGACCUACGCCAUCUUCUGGCAGUCCUCCGUGGACGCGACCACCGGCGCCUCGCUGCUCGCCUGGGGGGACGGCUACUACAAGGGCUGCGACGACGACAAGCGCAAGCAGAGGCCCCUCACGCCAGCCGCCCAGGCCGAGCAGGAGCACCGCAAGCGCGUGCUCCGCGAGCUCAACUCGCUCAUCUCCGGCGCAGCGCCCGCGCCCGACGAGGCCGUCGAGGAGGAGGUCACCGACACCGAGUGGUUCUUCCUCGUAUCCAUGACGCAGUCCUUCCUCAACGGCUCCGGCCUCCCCGGGCAGGCGCUCUUCGCGGGGCAGCCCACCUGGAUCGCCUCCGGCCUAUCCUCCACGCCCUGCGAACGCGCGCGCCAGGCGUACAACUUCGGCCUUCGCACCAUGGUGUGCGUCCCCGUCGGCACCGGCGUUCUCGAGCUCGGCUCCACCGAUGUCAUCUUCCAGACAGCCGAAGGCAUGGCCAAGAUCCGCUCGCUAUUUGGCGGGGGAGCAGGGGCCAGCUCGUGGCCGCCCGUGCAGCCUCAGGCGCCGCAACAGGAGCCCGCGCCCGGAGCGGACCAGGCGGAGAUGGAUCCCUCGGUGCUCUGGCUCGCCGACACGCCGGUCAUGGACACCAAGGACUCCGUGUCGCACCCGUCGGCAGAGAUCUACGUCUCAAAGCCGCCUCCGCCGCCGCAGAUCCACUUCGAGAACGGGAGCACGAGCACGCUCACGGAGAACCCCAGCCCAUCCGUGCACGCACCGCCGCCCCCGCCGGCACCGGCUGCUGCGCCACCGCAACGGCAGCACCAGCACCAGCACAGCCAGGCUCAUCAGGGCCCCUUCCGCCGGGAGCUCAACUUCUCGGAUUUCGCGUCCAAUCCCUCACUGGCGGCGGCCCCGCCGUUCUUCAAGCCCGAGUCCGGCGAGAUCCUCAACUUCGGCGCCGACAGCACCAGCCGGAGGAACCCGUCGCCAGCGGCUCCCGCCGCCACGGCCAGCCUCACCACCGCGCCCGGGAGCCUCUUCUCGCAGCACACGGCGGCCAUGACGGCGGCCGCGAACGACGCGAAGAACAGCAAUAAGCGUUCGAUGGAGGCCACCUCCCGCGCGAGCAACACCAACUACCACCCGGCGGCGACGGCGAAUGAGGGCAUGCUGUCCUUCUCGUCGGCGCCGACGACGCGCCCGUCGACGGGCACGGGCGCGCCGGCCAAGUCGGAGUCUGACCACUCGGACCUGGACGCGUCGGUGCGCGAGGUGGAGAGCAGCCGCGUGGUGGCGCCGCCGCCGGAGGCCGAGAAGCGGCCGCGCAAGCGCGGGCGGAAGCCGGCGAACGGACGCGAAGAGCCGCUGAACCACGUGGAGGCGGAGCGGCAACGGCGCGAGAAGCUGAACCAGCGGUUCUACGCGCUCCGCGCCGUGGUACCCAACGUGUCCAAGAUGGACAAGGCGUCGCUGCUCGGCGACGCCAUCUCCUACAUCAACGAGCUCCGCGGCAAGCUGACGGCGCUCGAAUCCGACAAGGAGACGCUCCACUCCCAGAUCGAGGCGCUCAAGAAGGAGCGCGACGCGCGGCCGGCCCCGCAGGCCGGCGGGCACGACGCCGGGCCACGGUGCCACGCGGUGGAGAUCGACGCCAAGAUCCUGGGGCUGGAGGCGAUGAUCCGCAUGCAGUGCCACAAGCGCAACCACCCGUCGGCGCGGCUGAUGACGGCGCUGCGCGAGCUGGACCUGGACGUCUACCACGCGAGCGUCUCCGUUGUCAAGGACCUCAUGAUCCAGCAGGUGGCCGUCAAGAUGGCCAGCCGCAUAUACUCGCAGGAGCAGCUCAGCGCCGCGCUCUACAGCCGCCUUGCAGAGCCCGGCGCCGCCAUGGGCAGGUAACCAAGGCGAGCUCAGUUCACCUUUGGCUGCCAGAUAGGGACGGUACUGUUACUGUUGCUCACUCGCCACACCACCUGGUCGUCGUCUUCUCCCGGUGGGCGAUGCCGGCAUGGUUACAAUAGCCAGAGAUUGAGGAGGACGCCGGUGGGUGGUGAUGAUGGUAUUUCUGUUGUUGUAAGCUUUAGAAAGGAAGGAUGGAUGAUGAUACUGAGCUCUGCUGCUGCUGUUCAUCGUCUUGUUGUGUUUUUGCUAGUAGCGUGUUAAUUAUUAGCAUGAAGGAUUAAGCAAGCGAGCAUCCAUCCGUCGUUGUUAAUUACAUAUUGUUAUGAGUUUGUGAUGAUGAAAACUGUAUAUAGGUUGGAUGGAUGGAUCAUGUAUUGAUCGUCGUUGUACCCUGAUGUGUGGUACUUUACAGCAGGAUAUCAUUUCGCUUCAA